AAUUUGCAAGCCUGCGGCACAAAGGCUAUUACAGCCCUAUUAAAAGGGGGCCCCAGGAAAAUUUUCAACUUUAGAUGCUCUCCAAUCUAAGCCCCUCUGGGACACAUUUUACAAUAGAAACAUUAGUGAAAGUCUGCCCUGAAAAACCUAACCUUUUUAUUACAUGUAAUGGUUCACUUGAUAUGUGUUAUAAAGACCCACCACAAGUUUUGUUCAUCACUUGUAGUUUGUCACGUGCUUCAAAAUACAUGUCAAUUAUGUACACCUUGUGUACAUAAAUGUUGCCUUUUUGGCCCUUUUCCCACUCCGUACGAAUUUUCGUCUGACUUGUACAUUACACAGACUCCUUUGUACAGUGAAGUAAUGGUACCCUGUAGGAGAGAGCCUGUUUAGUUUGCACCCAGACUUACUUCAGAACCUACUGAUCUCGCUCAGAUCUGCAAGAGUACCUGUCGAUCUAAGUACUCGUAGAAAAUUAUGGCUGCUUUGUGUUGCACCUAAUACCCAACGCCCUUGGCUGGUCCAGUCACACACUGUUUGCGGCAAAUCAUUGGUAGCGUAGCUUGCUCUCUGUAACAUGACACAAAAGUGACGAUACAGCCAUCGCUUUUGUGCAAGUGGGGCAAACUUCGUCCGGAGUGGGAAAACAGCAAAAAAGGCAACAUUUUUUUCCUCAAAUGAGGAAAAGGCGAGUUUUCUACAAUUAACAACCUAGCGGAUGGUUUACAUCGUAAGUAGUGAACAUACCGGCGCAAUUUCAGCUCAUAAAAUCAAGCCGAUGUUUAGUUAGACCUAUGCCCCUGGAUAACUUUUUUGAAAGAAAUCCCUAUGUAUCGGGACAGGGCCCAGUAUUCGUGGGGCCCUGUUUACAGGUCUACACCUAGGCCUACAUGACCUGUGUUUGUGACUCAUCAAAUAGCCGAUUAACCUUAGACCUACUCCUGUAAUCAUGGCUUUGGAGGAUGUUUUUAGAAGGGAAUUAAGUUCUUUGAUAAGACUUUCUCCUGUAUUAGUGGCUUGGGAGGAUGUUACAUUACUCCCAUCAGCAACAUCGUAACCACAGUAGGGGUACUACUUGGUAUGGACUUAAAAUUUUUCAUGCCGUUCCCAUUCAUUCAGCCUGCAUUCAUUGACCCUCGCAUCCCCACAUGAAAUCCCAUUUGGUUAGCUUGCGCCCAUUUGCAACUUUGCCCGUUUGCAACUGCGCCCAUUUCAUUUUAUAGCUUGGCCUGCUCUGCACCGCGGCCACUUCAACAUCGUAGCCAACAAUUUCAAAGGAGGUAACCUUUCCAAUGGUGGGGUAUUCUGAAAUUACUCCGAGGAAAUUUACAAAAAAUGAACAGCAUUAAAAAGGGCCUUUAGAGGUUUUUAUCCGCUAUCAGGCACCGGCUAACCGCACGCGGGGCCCCUGCCGGAGGAAUUCCUUAGCCGGUCAUGCGCCAGUAGUGCAGGUGGGCUAACAUAGCUAAACACCGCGAAUACUGAGAAGAGUUUAAGCCGAAUGCAUUACAACAAACGACCUGACCAAAGUUAUUUAUAGCUUCUUUGGAGAUUACUUUUACCAACGAGCCUGAAAAACUUUCUGUAAAUCCAAAAUGGCUGCGCCCAUGAGAGCCAACAAAUUAGAUAUGAAUCGUAAGCAAGAAAAGAAGACAUUCCCAGUUUUAUCCGACAGUGCUGAAGACAUUAUCAUAAAUCUUGUCGAUGACGAUGACGAAGAAGAUGAAGAGCCGGUUGCAGCAUCAGCUAAAGAACCAGUAACUCAAGAUCAAAAGGAUUUCUCUAAACUUCCCGAGGCAGCACAAAAGCUCCUCAAGAGUCUGGAAUUCAAAAACCCUGGGAGGCGGCAAUUUGACAUGAGCACCUUUGACCCAGAGAACAGUGAACGAGAGAUGAGGAAACUAAGGCGAACCUUUCAGAGUACAAGUAUUACGCAAAAAUCCCGAAAUCAUGUCAUGUACAAUGAGAAAGGAUUGCUGUUGGCUGACAACCGAGACCUCUGUGACUGCCUGAAUGUAAAGUGCCCUGGCUGCUUCUAUCCAUGUGAGCAGUGCUCCUCCACAAAAUGUGGGGUGCAGUGCCGCUGCAACAGGAAAUGGGUUUAUAACAAAGUGGAGAACGAGAGUGGAGAAGAUGUUGUGGAAUUCGAUAAGAGGACUUGACAUGCCUUGCAGUCACCUCCAGCUGUUGCAGUUUAGGAAAGCCCAAAAAAGUUAGGGACCGCUUUUUUCUUAACUUGGAAUUUUUUUCUAGGCAAUGAGUGGGGUCCAGUUCUUUCAUGUUUUAGUAUGUCUAAAUAGUGUUCUAAUUAGAAUAUAAAUUUUUUUUUUAAAUUUCAAAAUAUCAAGCACACAUUUUCAACAGUAAAAUGUGUCAUUUAAAAAAAGUAUACACAAAAAAGCAGUCCUUAACUUUUUUGUGUAUAAACAUGUUCAGUAAAAAUCAUUUGUUGUUCACAUAUUUAUUUCACACAAAAUUCUUAUCCAUGGCUUUAUUCAACAAACUGCAUCAUUACACUCCCAAAUGUAAAUAAUGUAUACAUUUUGUAAAUAGCUUCAUAAAGCAAGUCCACAAAUAAAUUUUGGGUAACAACUUAGUGUCAA